UUUUCGUUUUUUUUUUCGUUUUUUAUUCAUCAUUAAUCAUUAUCAUUCGGUUUUCAUACUUUUUUUCAUACAUUUUUUCAUUGCGAUCAAAAUAUAACAAGCAUUUUUAUCAUCUUCAUUUCUCAAAUUCUUUCUCUUGCGCUAUCGUCUAGAUAUUUGAUUUAUUGUGAACAAUGUCAAUUUUUAACGCAAUUAGAAAAUAUCAAAUGUAAAUAAAAAAUAGAAAAGAAGAAAAUUUCAUUUUUUGGUAAAUAAAUAAAUAAAAAUUUGUCACUUGUGCGUAUAUUUCAAAGAGUAAGAUAUAUUCACAUGUUCAUAACAGUGAAAAGUAUUAAUAUGUAAUUGGAUUUAGAAAAAACAAGAUUAUAAUAUAAUAAUAAUAUUAUUAAAGAUAUUAAAUAAAAUAAGAUUAUAAUUCUGUCUUAAAUUUUCGAUAAAAAAAUUUAAUUAUAAAAAAAUAUUGCAAAAUAUGAUAAAGAAACAAAAAAUAAUGUGUCAAUAUAAAUAAUACAUAUAAAUAAUACAUAUAUAUAUUAAUGUAUAUUACAUAUACAUAUAUAUAUUGUAUACUAAACAUCAUAUGUAAAUAUACAUAUGCGAUACAAUAUACGAUAGCGUAGAAAAGACUGCCGCUUUUACAUUUCAUUUCGAGAAUAUAACACAUAUGUACAUCAAACAUUAAAUAUAGAUACGUAUGUUAUUAAGUAUGAAUAAUUAAAUAAAAUUUCGAUAAUCGGUUAUCGUUGCGAAACACCAUGAUAAUUGAUUAUCGGAAUAAAAAAAUUACAAAAGUUUCGAUAAUUACACAUCGAACUGAUAUCAAGGUUGUUUGAUAAAAUAAAAUUGACGUGUACUGAAAUUCGUCGCAGAAUGUAUAUUUAGGUAAUCUUUAAGAACUUAACAUGUUUAAUAAAGUACUGUAAUAAGUUAUUAAAAAAAAAAUAAUCGAUUAUUUCGCUUGAAUCCUAUCGCGAUUUUUAUUGAAAAAAUGUCAAUAACUCGAAAAUCCUAUUGAUAAUCGAAAAAUUACACAAUUGCAAUAUAGUUAUGAGUUGAAAAUUGUAAUCAAUAUUUCUGAAAUCUUUGGCACGAUUUCAACGAAAGAGUCGAUCUGUGAAUUGAGAAAAGCACACAACUGUUAUGCGGUGCAGAUUCGUUUCAGCAAGGAACAGAAACACGUCGGAACACGUUGUGGAAUUUUGAUAAGUAAGUAAAUAAAUAAUUGUCUUAUACUUUUGAAAAAUGAUUUGAAAAGAUUGAAAAGCAUUUUUAUUGUUUCGAAUAAAACACAGAUAAAUUUUAAGUAUACAUUUUUCUAUUUUAGCAUUUUGACAUGUUUUAAUAUAAUAAACAUAGAAAAUAAUCAAAAUCUUUAUAGCAUAUGUAUUUGAUAAAUUUUUGCAAUACAUUAUUAUUCGUUAUAUUUAAAUAUAAUUGUUAGAUAUGGCACAUAUAUCAAACAAACGUAACAAAGAGUGAAAAAUAUUAAGGAAUGAAUCUUUGAUAUUCUCCUGUUUAUCCUCGACAAUAAGUCGAGCGCAUAUUAGGUUGGUAGGUCGAACAACGUGACUGUAAACCGUUCAAGGGGUCAGUUGUACGUCACCACGCUAAAUCCGCAAUGCAGUGUUGUCGAAAGAUGAUUAUUGUUACAAUUUCUAGCAAUGAAUCCUUAUAUCAUUAACGUUCACAAUUAUGAAUUUUAAAUAUGUAUUUUACAUACAUUUAGAUUUGUUAUAUAUUUCUAUACAUUUGUAUGCUAUAUAUUUAGUAAAGUUUUAGAAAUAAAUUUGUGUACAUUAUGUAUAUUUAUAUAAUUAAAAUAUAUUUAUAUUGAAUAAGAAUUUAUUGAUAAAACAUUAAAUUUUGACUGAAUAAGUGAACUAAUAAAUAAAAACAAAUAAAAAAAAUAACAAAAAAUCAAUUAUAUUCUACGCGAAAUCAAAGUCGAAAAAGAUGAAUAAGAAUAUAAUAAGAAUUAAAGAAUGAAUGAGAUAUGGGACAAAUAGUAAGCGAGUGAGAGAUAUAAUUCCAAGAGAGGCUCGAUGCGGCAAAUGCGGCGAAUGCGCUGAAUGCAUUGAAUGCGACGAUGGUAAUGUCAUGCGCUCUGAAAACAACCGCAACCCCCUGUUAGAAAUCGAGGAAGAACGGUAGGGAUAACGUGGCGUGAUGCACAGGCCACGAGUGAUGCGCAAUCGGUACACGAGCGCGCAUGCGCGCAUUAUAGUCUCGAAGUACCCGUAGCGAACAGACGCAAAGGCACGCACGCUCGUAGCUCGUAGCUGCUGUAAAGGAGGGAGUCGCAGUAUAUCGAAGUUGUGCAGUGUUGCUUACCACGUAGGAGGCAUAACACUCGCCGUCUCUACAAUAGGAUCCUAAUAUUUUCAUAAAUUUUUUUGUUCUACGUUUCGGUGUCUUUAUUUUUUUAACAUUUUUCUCUUUUUAUUAUUCUUCAAGAAAUGUGUCAUCUAUAUCUUCAUAAAUUGUUAUACAAGAUCAAUCGUUAAGAAAAUGGUAUUUUGAUAGACACAUCGUGAAAGUGACGGAUUUAGUAAUGGAUUGUUAAUAUCAAUUUGGGAUUAAUAAUCAUUGUGCCCUAUCUCUCACGCCAACAAUUGUACCACAUAUCGAUACUCAUAUCGACCAUCGUUCGUUUUUAGGUAACGACGUCUAUCUUUUAAAACAAAAUAUUCAUUGUGUUAUAGUGUUUGACCAACAUUGUGAUUGAAAACCGGAAAGACAUUUUACAAAAUGUUACAAUAUCGCGUAUGAAAUUAAUCGCGAACAAUAUCUAUAUAUACUUAUGUUCUUUACUGUGGUGCCUAAAUAUUUUAAAAGUAAAGAAAAAUUAGUGCCUACAUAACGCACGAUAAAUGCGAUAUAUAUAUACGAUACGAUAUAUAUAUAUAUAUAUAUAUAUACAUGUACAUAUAUAUAUCGUAAUUCAAAAAUACAGAUUGACUCGUCGAACUGAAUCGCUCAAUGUUUCAUUCUAUUCAGUUCAGUGAUAUAAUAAUGCUUCUCGACGUAUAUUAAUAAUUUUAUCUCUUUAAUAUUUAAGUUUUAUCAAUUGUGUGAGAAAACUUUUCUUUCUGAAAAUAAAACUUUUAAUCGCCGGACUAAGAUUAGAAUUAGAAUCAGGAAAUGAUUCACGAAUUUUAUUGAUUUGUUAAUAAAUAUGAAUAUAGAAUUUAUGAAAUGAUAUUUUAUAACAUUUAUCUCCGAAUUCGAAAAAAUAAGCGAAAUCGGAUUUGAAUUAAAUCGAAAUUGUUUGAUUAAAUCAUUCUCAAUUAAAUCUUUCAUCUUCGCGUCUUUUUGCAAUUUUUGUUCUCUUCAAAAAUUUUCCGUUUACAUCGUACGUAUACGUGUGUGUAUGCGUAUACAAAUAUAUUGAAGAUAUAAAGAAAUGUCUCGUUUAAUGUUAUGUAACCUUGGCAAUGCAUCCACGGCAGGAAAUGAUACGAAUAACAAUGCGAAUACAAAUAGUAGCAUGGAGGACGAUGACUACUAUCCGCUACCUACUAUUUAUCGCUGCCGUGCACCUAUAGCGAGUCUAGAUUGCAUGGAAGAAUUCAACGGUGGAAGCGGUGGUGCCGGUGGUGGUGGCGGUGGCGGUGGCGGUGGUGGUACUGUGGAUUCUGGUAUACACUGCAGUAAUACCGCUGGAACGAAGGAACAGCUACUGACUAACUGCAUUGCCGCACAAGCGCAACGCUUACAGCAUCCUUCGCCAGGUAUUCGCUACCGCAACUUGGGCAAAAGCGGUCUACGUGUUUCCAAUGUUGGAUUAGGUACAUGGACAACUUUUGGCAUGGGAGGUUGCAGUAAUGAGGAAACAGCAGAAGCUGUAGUUGCGCUAGCUUACGAAAGUGGAAUAAAUGUGUUCGAUCUAAGCGAAGCCCAUAGCGGUCAUAGAGCAGAAAUUCAAUUUGGACGAAUUUUAUUACGUCGUGCUUGGAAUCGUUCAAGUUACGUUGUUACUACUAAAAUAUAUUGGAAUACGAAAGCGGAAGGUCGUGGAUUAUCACGAAAACACAUAAUCGAAUCAGUCCAAGCAUCUUUAGUCAGAUUACAAUUAUCGUACAUCGAUAUUGUAAUGAUUCAUAAAGUAGAUCCAAUGUGUCCCAUGGAAGAGAUAGUACGUGCUAUGAAUUACGUAAUAAGCAAAGGAUGGGUGAUGUAUUGGGGAACGUCUCGUUGGACUCCAGUCGAAAUUAUGGAAGCUUACACGAAUUGUCGACAAUUUAAUUGUGUCACACCGAUCGUAGAACAAGCCGAAUAUCAUUUAUUUUAUAGAGAAAAACCAGAACUUUAUAUGCCAGAAUUAUAUAAUAAAAUCGGUGUUGGUCUGAUGGCGUGGUCCACGGUAACGAUUGGUAUGGUUUCUUCGAAACCUGAAGAUUGUGGUGUCUCUUUUUUUUCGAGAUCUUCCUAUAAGAACAAGUAUUCGUCAUUCAGUUGGACAGAAGACGAAACACAAUCUUUGUAUAAAGAACAGGAAUAUGGUUGGAAAGAGAAAUCAGCCGAUGACGAAACACGAAAAUAUUCAGAUAAACUACGAGACGUAUGUGCACUUGCCGAACGACUCGGCUGUUCCUUUGGACAAUUGGCUAUCGCGUGGUCUUUAAAAAAUGAAAGUGUUCAGUGCCUUCUUCUCGGUGCAUCAAAUAUUGAUCAAUUAUACGAGAGUCUUCAAAGUUUACAGCUAAUUCCAAAAUUAAAUGCUAACAUAAUGAAUGAAAUUGAAAGAAUUCUCGAUAAUAAACCAUCGCGACCUCCAAUGAUUUCAACUUUGGCACUCAGAUGACAAUCAAUUUGCCCUCACGGAAGUGGUGGGGGCUCUUUAGAGGAUGGAGGUAGCCCAAAAAGCGAAGGUGCUAAUAGUCAAGAUCAAGAACAGACUAAAGAAUUAACCGGCAAACUACCAUUUUGCGAGAUACAAUGAAACAAUGUUAGAUAUAUUUACGUAUAUUCAGACGUAAUUUGAUCUUGAUGAAUGAAAUUGAAUCGAUUAAAAUUGAAUUCAAGAUGACAAAAUUGUGCCAAGAAAGGUCACAUAAAGUUAAACGAAAAAGAAAAAAAUAUUAAUUAUUAGUGCACGUUGUCCCAUACUCAACGUGUCAAACGCAAAUGCAUGUACAUAUUAUGUACUUAUAUCCACGUAAAAAUGAAUCAACGACAAUACUUAUAGAUAUGAUUGCAAUUGCAAUUGCAAUUGCAAUUAAAAUUAUAAAUAAUUAGCGAGAAAUAUUUGCAAGAUAAAUUCCAAACAUAAUUUUCAUUCCUUGAUGCAUCUGUACAAUUAUCCUUUUUGCAAUUUUCUUGGAAUAGAUGAAUUUAAAUAUAAGAAAAAGAGAUUUAAAAUUAUUCGAUUAUAAGUUUACAUUUUAAAGAAAAAUGUUCUUUAUGAAUCUAUUCACAAUUUCCUAUGCAAAGUAUUCAUUCGAAAUUAGAUAAAAUUAUUGUAGAUUCUUUAUUAAAAUUAUGUAAGAUAAUAUAGUUAUUUUCUUCAAUUUUGAAAACUUUGAACUUUGAAAAAAUUCUUUAUAACAUUUUAUUUUAUUCUUUCACGUAUUUUAUCUAUGCUUCAAAAAAAUCAAAUGUGUACAUCAGAAUAAGUUGAAUGAAACGCGGCAAAUUUACGUACAUUAUGAUCUCGUACAUUAUAUUUUUCAAUAUAUUAAUUCGAACCUUA